AUUCGUUAGAUUUGGAAUGCACUGAAUCUUAGACGGGCGGCGGUUUUUCUAGUACGUUGAUAUUCCACGACACUUCAAACGAUGUAAUUUACCGGGUAACGCUGCGUAGUUUGACAAGCCUCUUAGCGGAAAGCGUUAGCCAACAUAAACCACUGACUUGUUCUUUGGGCUGAAUUUGAAGCUGUCUAAACUAAAUAACGUCUACCUCGACAGGAAUUUAGUUUACAAACUUUCUAGCUUAAAGGUUGUUUUCUUGUAUCAUGGAUACUCCUGUGACACUGACCGUUUUUUAGCCAGCUUAUAAAGAACUGGCUGUCAGUCGUUAGCUAGUUCUCUGUUGACACCAGUCCUAUCGUAGUGAGUCUGCGGUAGAAACAUGUCUGAGUCUGGGCACAGUCAGCCCGGGAUGUACGGCCAGGGACGCCGGAGGAGAAGGCGCCGAGGAGACCGAGAUGUUGGACCUCCGGGGCAAAAUCUUUCUGGUCCGAGCCGGGACCGAGAAUACCAGCCGAGAGAACGAAGAGAUGGAAGCGAGGAUCCACCAGGCCCUCUUAUUCAGAAGACCCCUAUCAUUCUCGCCAAACCCCCCGGAGAAAGGGCUAAACAAUCACAGAAUCCGCCUAUCAGUGGACCUCCUGUCCUUGAGAAGCCCAUCAUGCUAAUGAAAGCCAGGGAUGAUGCUGGGAAACCAGGGACCCCUCCUGAGGCGUCAGCUCAGACCUCUGGUCCUGGAGCCUCCAAGAUGGAGAAAGAAGGGCAGCGACCCACCCAACCUGUAUACCAGAUCCAGAACAGAGGGAUGGGCGCUUCUGCAUCUAGCAGUGCUGUGGACCCUAUGGUUGGCCAGUCUAAACUCCUCCCCCCGGAGAAGAUGAAGCACAGCAUCAAGCUAGUGGAUGACCAGAUGAACUGGUGUGACAGUGCCAUGGAGUAUCUGCGGGAUCAAACAGACAUGUUGGUAGUUGGAGUCCUUGGCCUGCAGGGGGCAGGGAAAUCUACAGUCAUGUCACUUUUAUCUGCAAACACUCCUGAUGAAGAUCAAAGAGGUUAUGUAUUCAGAGCCCAAACUCCAGAAAUCAAAGAAAGAGGAGGAAACCAGAGCACAGGCAUUGAUUUCUUUAUCACACAAGAGAGAGUUAUUUUCUUGGACACACAGCCAGUGCUCAGCCCGUCUAUCCUGGAUCACCUCAUCAACAAUGAUCGCAAGUUGCCUCCGGAGUACAACCUCCCACACACAUAUGUCGAGAUGCAGUCUCUUCAGAUCGCUGCCUUCCUGUUUACAGUGUGUCACGUCGUCAUUGUGGUACAAGACUGGUUCACUGACUUAAACCUGUACAGGUUUCUUCAGACUGCAGAGAUGUUGAAACCUUCCACUCCAUCUGCCAGCCAUGACAGCACCGGUUCUUCAGGCGUUGAUGAUGGAGCAGAGUACUAUCCUCAUAUAGUGUUCCUCCAGAAUAAAUCCAGACGGGAUGAUUUCUGCCCAAGGAAUCUGAAGAACAUGCAUAUGGUGGUGGAUAAAUUAAUGGCCUUUUCUCAUCUCAAAUACAAAGGCACCUUAUCCAUGCUUGACUGCAAUAUCUUCCCCGGCCUGAGGCAGGACUUUCUGACAACUGAAGUCAACAUGUUCCUCCUCCCAGUGCAGGAGAGUGAUGGGGAUGAUAGUCUGGCAAAAGCAGGGUCAGGAACAUACCCGCUUUUUUCUCUGCUCCCGGGCUAUAAAGGACACCCUUCCUUCUCCACUAUGGUUUCAAAACUCCGCAGCCAAAUUCUGGCCAUGCCCCGCUGUCAGCUGUCUCACACCAUCCUCACUGAAAAGAACUGGUUCCACUACGCGGCUCGUAUCUGGGACGGUGUGAAAAAGUCAUCAGCUCUCUCUGAAUACAGCCGCCUGCUCAGCUAACACCUCGGCUGAACUGUUGAUACGUGAAACAGCUCUGAAAGCUCUGAUGUCCCAUACUCCGGUCUCAAAAAGAGGACGUGACCCUCAAAGCGGAGAGCACCAUGUGCAUCCUGCACGAGGGACAGGAAGCCUGGUCAGUCAGUGAAGAGUCAGGUGUAAAAGCGAGGCGACAUCGUCUUUUGCAGACUCUGGCGGGAUUGAAAACAGAGGAACUGAUGAUGUCAUAAAGUUGACUAUCAGUUAAACUAAGCUGCAACCUUCAGCUACACGGUGGUGAGAAACAGUGAGUUGUCUGCAUUUUAAGGCAAAUGUAAGGUGUACAUGAUGUUGUAAAUUCAGUUUUGAUGCACACCAAGAUGAAAAUGUAACCCUCUUAAGUUCCUUUUUGUUUCUUUCUUUUAACAAUCAAUUAAAAAGUUGUGAGUUAAUCAAAAAUAAAGUUAAGUAAAAAUUA